UUUUUGAGAACCGCAUACUUCAAGUUCACACCUCUGUUCACACACAGACACAGCACAGAGACACAGUUAUCUUGCAAUACAAUUUUAAAAAAUAAUUAAACCACAGAAGAUAAACUAAAAAGAUGCAUUUCAUAUUUUUACCAUAAGAUGGCAUUUCAGUUGAAAAAAAUGAGACAAAGGCUGUGGACAAAGGUAAACACGAGAAACUUUUGCAGCCUUGUGUGUAAAAUAACGAAAUACGAAAUAAUUUAAGCUAAGAUAGUUUUACCCAACAAUGCCUAUAGUUAUUAAGCCGUGUGACGAUGGUUUACGUGAAGAAUACGCUUUUAUCGAGCUACAGGGCGAUCUGAAGUCCCAUUCCGAGACUGCGUUCGAUGGUAAAUUCGUGGGCGAUUUGCAUUUCAGCAAGAGCGGCACGCCACUGCUCAUCAUAGGCCACCACCUGAUGUACGGCAAGGAGACCAAGCUGGAUAAGCCGUUCGCCCUUCUAGAAAAAUGCCAAGAAGAUGGAAACGUAACCUACAAAGUCAGGUGCGUCGUUAAAAACAAGAUAAUUUUCAAAACCAGACCUAAACCCAUAGUCGGCGCUUAAUAAAUUUUGUCUAAAUACA